AUGAGAGUCGGCAAGAGUGGUGUCCGGUUCCCUUCGCCAGCGCCGCCGCCUACGCCACCCGGAAAAAGGGGUACGCCUGAAGUGGCGACCUACUUUGAGGGUUUUUGCGCCUGCUCUUUUGGUGCUGAUCAACCGGCGAUUUCCAGUUUCCUCUUAAACAAGUGGGGAAGGAGAAAGAGGCGAGAGAGACUCGAGAAUAGUUCUGGUAUCCUAAUUGAAGGAAAACACUUUGAUAUGAUCUCGGGAGCUGCAACAAACAUAACGGGGAUACAAUAUUUUCCUGUUGAUAAAAUAUCAAUACAGUUGUCGCCUUUGGAAUUCGUUUUAUUGGAAUUUUUACCACUAUUUAUUGGAAUGCUUCUUUUCUAGACUCAUGAAGAUUCGGGUGUUUCAAACUUGUUUGAAUCCUCUUAGUAUCAUUGACAGAGCCC